GGCGCGACAAGCUCGCCGAGCCUAUCAAUCUUUUGCCCUUGCUAUCUUGGCUUUGCCUCUCGGCGCUCAGAGGGAGGGUGGCUUGACUUGGAGACUCGCCUUUGUCGCGUGCACCCAGUGCAGUACCACAGCUGUCGCCAAGCACACCGGCCAAUUUCCAUACUGGCUUGUCCUCUCGGCGCCGAGAGCCACCAACCUGUUUGGCCGUACCAUGGCUACGGUAACCGUCGAAGAUCGGUAUUCCCUCUUCAAGCUACCCAAUGGAUACCCUGUAUUCACUAUCUUUGCCAACGUUUGCCACGGCCGUGACAAGAACAACAUGGAAACAAGCACUUACCGAAUGAAGCAGCUCGACAGCUAAAUGGCGGCGACGGUAUGGUAAUAUAUGGUAAUGUAUAGCAAUGACGACAAUCUUGGCGGCCGAUAUAAGAGUGAGUCUUUUCUCCGCCACCACACAGCUGCAGGCGGUUGUAGGCUUUCUCGGUCAGCCCGCGGCUUCCUUUUGCCAUUGAGCCCAGCCUAGCUACUUGAGCCUUUCGUUCGGCCAUCAAAAAACAACUGAGUAUCAGUUCAAGACCGACACGGUUCAGUCGCAAUCAUGGUUCGCAUCGCUGCUGUCGCUGCCUUCUACUCCGCCUUGGCUGGCGUGAGUAGGGCUGCCGUUUUCGACAAGGCCGACUACGACUCGGGCGCUGUCCACCACCGCAUCAUGGAGAUGAAGGUCAAGCAGUGGGACGCCCAGCUCGCUUCGGGCCAGUUGAACAGCUUCCAGUACCCUGAGCUGGGCUACACCAAGUGCGAGAACGGCUUCGCUGCCGCCAUCCCCGGUGACUUUAACAGCACCUUCAGGUGUAACAACAUUGACCUCUACCACUUCCUUUCGCACGCUGACUUGGGCAGCAAGCAAAGUCGUGGCUCGUCGUCUUGGGGCUGGACUUCGGCUGACGGACGCGAGUUCGUCGCCAUUGGUCAGUACGAUGGAACCGCCUUUGCCGAGAUCACCAGCGAAGGCAAGCUCUCAUACUUGGGUCGCCUUCCCCAGUUCGACUCCAUCGGCUCGAACUGGAGAGAGAUUCGUGUGGUGAAGGAUAUCAUGGUUGUUGGUUCCGAGGCCAUCCAGCACGGAAUUCAAUUCUUUGACAUGAAGAAGCUGCUCGAUCUUGACCCCGCCAGCCCCAAGACCUUUACCCAGGAGGAGCUUACUGGUCACUGGGAUGAGCUCCCGGUUGGCCGUACCCACAACGUUGUCGUCAACGAGGAGCUUGGCUAUGCCAUUGCCUGCGGCUCCGUCGGUGGUAACGAGACCAUUCGUGUGCGCCCCAACGACCUGCCUUGCAAGGGCGGUCUGAUCUACCUCGACAUCAGCGACCCUACAAAGCCAUUCAGCCCUGGCUGUGCUGCCGGUGACGGAUACGUCCACGAUGCCGAAUGCUUGGUUUACCGUGGCCCUGACAAGCGCUACGAGGGCCGUGACAUCUGCUACGGCUACAACGAGGACACGCUCACAAUCUACGAUGUGACCAACAAGAUCGGCAACGUCACCAACAUCAUCUCCAUCACCAGCUUCCCUGGCGCCGAGUACAUCCACCAGGGUGCUGUUCUCGACAAGAUGAACCAGGAGUACCUGCUCCUGGACGAUGAGUUUGACGAGCGUGACGCCGACGUCGGCCCGAUGACUCGUGGUCUGCCCACCACUCACAUCUUUGACAUCCGCGACCUUGAGAACCCCGUCUACACUGGAAACUUUGCCCACCGCACCCGUGGCAUCGACCACAACCAGUAUGUCUUUGAUGGCCUCGUCUACCAGUCCAACUACGGCAACGGCCUCAACGUUUGGGACGUGAGCUCGAUCCCCUCGGACCCCACCGGCGGAAGCGUAUGCGAGGCCGGUUUCAUCGACAUCUACCCCGAGGACGACGAAAACGAGGGCUCCGGCUCGGUCGCCUUCCUGGGAUCGUGGUCGUCAUACGCUGGCUUCAAGUCGGGCUUCAUCUUUCUGCACACCAUCGAGCGUGGCUCCUUCGUCGUCAAGAUGACCUCUAAGGAGUGCCCCAAGCCCAAGACCUGCAGCGCCGAUAACUGCAUGCGCGCCCUUCGUGCCUCGCACAUCCCGGGCCGCCUCGAGGCCAGCACCGACUUUUGCCACGACUUCCUGACCCGCCAGUACUUUGAUACCGCCGGCGUCCCUAGCUACGCCGUCGAUGCCUGCGGUGGUGCUGCUGCCGCCCCGCCCCCGGUCGAGGAGGACGACGACACCUGCCCCGACGACAACACCCCGCCCGCACCCACGCAGAUCCCCGUUGUCGUCUCGAGGGUCAGCAGUGCUUGCGCCUGCAUCCCGACCAAGCCCGUUCCUGAGCUGCCCAGGACCACCAGCAGGCCGCCUGUGCCUACUGUUCUCCCUGACAGGCGUUAAGGGGGGACUUUGGGAUAUGGGUGUUUAGCUGUGUGAAAAAUGUGCUGGUAGAGCAGAUAUCUAGAUAGCAAAGUAGCAAUGACAAGAACCUACAGCUUAAUAAAAAAGUAAUCCAAGAUGAGCGUCUUUUUUGCCGCUCGAGA